AUGGCUACCGUGGAGAGUUACCAAUCGCUGUGCAAGUACUUGAUAGUCGCUUCUAAAAUAGUUGGAACAGAGAUAUGGACCGCUCCGAGAAAGAUGAAACCAGCCUCUUUUUUCAUGUUAUUUCAAGUUCUAACCUACUUCGUCGCUAACACUUACACCGUGAUCAAGUAUCGUCACGAUUUUAAAUACGUCCUUAAGGUUCUUAUCACCCUGGGAAGUGCCGUGCAACUUUUUGUUAAAAUAAUUGUGCUCCUCUGGAGAGGACACGAAUUCAACAACUUCGGAAUACGAAUUGAGCGAGAUCUAUUAAGAGCAUUUGAGAAUGUAUUGAGCACAGGGAUCGGAUUUGUCCUCUACCCAUUUUUCGUGUACAUCACUCAGGGGACCCUCUUACCAUUAUUCCUUUAUGAGUUGCCAUACCUCGAUUGGCACUCCGUUGAUAAGUAUUUCUUUCAUUUUGCGUUCCAAUUGGAACUCUAUGCGGUGGGAAUGGUAGGGGAACUGAUGAGCGAUUUUUUGAUCGUGAUGAAUUCAAUUUACGCCCUAGCUAGGGCGGACUUAUGUAUAGUUCAUUUGUGUGAGCUGCGAGUAAUGUUGGAUGCUGCGUCGAAAAAACCGGAUGCAGCCGACAUUGCAGCUGUGCGCAGGAAGUGGGAGCAAUGCAUGCAUGACCAUCGCAUAGCCACAAGCUUUCUGAAUAAUGUGGAAGACUUAUUUGGGAUGAUAUGUCUUGCUCAAGUAAUGAUGGGAGUGUUUACGGUUUGUAACUGUAUGUUGCUGGUGGUUUUGACUGAUUGGUAUCCAGUGUAUGUGUUUUUGGGAGCUACUUUUCUCGAGCUAAGCGCUUUCUUCGUCAUUGGCCAUCUUGUGGAAAAGAAGGUUGACGAAUUGUAUGAUGCUAUAACCUCGCUCUCAUGGUACCAACUUUCGCUUCAGCAGCAGAAGGAGUAUGCUUUCGUCGUGUACCGACAGCAGCGACCUGUCGGCUUAACUGCUUUCGGUUUUAUGCCGCUCAAUUUCGAAUCCUACAUGAGUGUUUUGAAAGGCUUGUACCAGUUCUUCGUCCUCGUUCUGCAAUACGUGGAGUAA